AUCAUGUGCUUUUUUGCAUGCAAGUGCAUGUACACACGCACGAGCAGCUUUUUUUUUAUGCGUAACCUUUCAUUUCAGUUCAACGAUCAGUUUUUUUCAAAUUUCGUAUCCUCAACUACAGUUAUUAAAGUCAGAAUAUCAAUAAAGAUUACCUCUUCUUCUUUUCAAAUCAUUUCAGUUUUUGCGCCUCAAAGUUAUACAUCAUAACUGUGUGCAUAAGUUACAAUAAAGUAUCCUUUAAGAAAUAUUAGUAUUUAGAAUCUACAAUAAUUAUUCGAUAGACAGUAUUAUAUCUUCUCGACAGUUUAGUAAUGAACUACAAUGGCAAAAGCAAUAUCACUCCAGCACAGCCUAAAGCAGUUUUCAAAACAAUGAUAAGGGCAUACGGCAUAGGCUGGGCUGCUACCACUGUACCAGCCAUCUCAUCGCUACUGUUUCGAAUAAUAUUAAAUAGACAACAAGAUAAUAAGAGCCGACUUGCUUGCAUUCAAAAAGCCUGUCUUGUCACUCUACCUCACAUUUUGAAAGAUAGCAUAUUACGAAAUGGAUUCCCAUUGCUAUUGGCUGGCGCCCUAAGUGGGCACCAUUUUUUGUUACAGCAACAGCAACUUGCGCAAAAAAGCAUCGCGAAUGCUUUUACUCAAGCUACGACAACAGCGACGACCGAGUGUGUUUUGAAUAAGUACAGAGACAGCAAGCCAUCAUUUGUACGACUCAAAUCGCAAAAAUCAGCUUUCUUUUUAUCUGCAUUCAUAUCAUUUUGUUUUGUUCGCCGAUUGUUCCCCAGUAUCAAAACAUUGGACUUGACAUUGUUUGCGCUGGUACGUGCAGCAGACGUUUAUGCACAUCGAAUGUACGCAUCGCCAAAAUCAAGGCAAAUUGUACCGGAAUGGAUAUUAGAAUACGGAAAUGUUGGUGUAUUCAUGUUGGCCUGUGCAGAAAUUAUGUACACAUGGUUUUAUCGACCGCAAAAAUUACCAAGAUCAUAUGCACGAUGGAUUACAGACAUGGCAGGAAUUGACGAAAGACUGAAAGCGUUCCUGAGAAUGGUAAAGCACAACGAAAUCGUUUACGGUAAAGAUACAGGUUUGAGCCACUUCUUGUAUAAUUAUUGUGACGAACUGAAACUACCACGAUCAUUCGGAGACCCCUUGACGGGCAGAGUUCACUGCGCAGUAGCACAUGAGGGUAGCCGAUGGGGUUGUGAAGUCAAUGCCCUAAGCCGGUUUUUGAAAGGAUUUAAAAAGAUUUUCACAGUCAAUUUAUUUCUCCAUUUUGCUCCUUUGUUAUUCUUUCGUACAAAACAGCUGGUACACAAUCCAAGCAGAUGGAUUGUCCAUGCACUGAUUGCGACGGUCCGGUCUUCCGCGUUUUUGGGUACAUUUAUUGCUAUUAUUUGGUAUUGCGUCUGCCUGAUUCGCACUCGUAUCGGAUAUAGGUUGCUCAAAAUUCCUCAGCAAAACUUAGAUUCAGUAGCGCCUUUGAUUGGCAGCAUGCUUUGUGGUCUCUCGUUGCUGAUAGAGAGUAAACACAGACGGGGUGAAAUGGUCCUCUACGUGGUACCUCGUGCUUUAUUUUCGUUCAUGGAACGCAUGCUACCGCAGAGAAUGAAAACCGGGUUCAUGGCAGAAGUAAUAGAAAAUAUAGUCUUUUCAGCAUCCGUGAGGGUAUUGUUAGCUGCUAUGUACCAUGAUACAGCUAUGGUCAGACCAUCGAUCCGUGGUUUAUUGUCAUGGAUUUUAAAGGACGAAAUCAAGCAGCAACUACAAGUACACGCUGACGGUGAGAAUGCCAUUGCAGACGAUGCAAGUAGUGACGUUGAAACCCUUGGUAUGAGUAGCAAAUGUGAGGGAGAAAAAGAAGAAGACGUUGACAGCGAAGAAGAAGAGGCAGAGAUAGAAAUACACUUGGAAAUUUUGAAAAGAAAGAAGGUUGCCCAUUAAAAUUGUUUUAAAUGCAGGCUCAACUGCAUGAUUUCUAAUACAAGUGAUAUGGAACACAAGCCACCAAAAAUACCAAAUAAAGCACAUUCAUGUAUAGAAAGAAAAGGGAAAAAAGAGAAAGAAAAGACCAGAAAUCGCAACCAUUUCCAUAUGAUCAACAGCAUAGUUUACCCUCUCCGCCCGAUUCUACUUCCUACAGC